AGCGCACUCAAACUGAUAGGCUCCAUUGGCGGUCGUGUGACAGUCUUCGCUACCAGCCUGCCCAACCUCGGUCCGGGCAGUUUGCAGCAUCGGGAGGAGAAGGAUGAUCAGAAACAGCCCGACGUGAAACAUCUGGGAGCCGCGUCAGAUUUUUAUAAGACUUUAGCCCUCGACUUUGCUGGAGCUCAGAUCUCAGUCGACCUCUUCUUCCUCAAUUCGACAUACUGCGACAUUGCUACCAUCUCAGGCGUGGCUCGUCACUCGGGCGGCUCCGUCUACCACUAUCCCUUCUUCCACCACAGCCCUCCCCCCUCCGCUACUGGCGCUGUUGAAACCGGUGGGGAGGCUGUCAGUCACCCAGUCAAU